GUGUGGGCGCUCGCUGGAGCAGGGUCGCAUGGGAUUUGUAGUUCACAGCUGGUGAAACAGCAGCUAGGAUUCCGGUGCCGCUGGCCGGAAAGGACUACAGUUCCCAGAAGGCAGCGCGGGCGUUGACACCCUGGAGACGAGGAAAACAGUGAGAGGGAGGAGUUUGAAUCAGAAAGUUCUCGGUGUUUGUUGUCGUAGCCGAUACAAACUCGUAGAUCCACACGGGCAUUCACUUUAGAGAGGACGAGGAUGGCAAGUCAGGGCCUCGGAAAUGGCGGGGCAGCUGCUGGAGGAGGGGGCCUCGGUGCCAGUGGCUCGGCUUUCUCGGUCACCCCUUUCCCUGUGUCGGGCCCAGGAGCCGGCCUGGGUCCGCUAGUCUCCGUGUGGGAGUGGGAAGACGAGGCGGGUCGUUGGAGGCCCUACAGCAGCCGGGUUAGCGAGCACAUAGAGCGCAGCCUCCAGCAUUUACAGGGAGCGGCUGCGGCGACAGCUAAAGGAAUCAACAGCAUCUCCCUGGGCCAGGCCGAGCCCAGGUUGGCCCCCUACAUCAUCGAUAUCCCCACACUCACCCAAUUCCGACAAGACACAGGUAAGGCCAGCCCCUCGCUCCCAAAACUGUCAGCAAGAUCUGAUCAGUACUGCCUGAUCACGUACUGA